UAUUGUUAUUCUUCGCUAUUGUCAAGUGAAAGUAUACUUUAGUUUGGCAUCCAAACUUCGUUAAAACGUUCAACAAUUUACAUAAAAUGUAUCGUGUUUUGCUCGUCAUAUUCAGUGCUUUUGCUGUAAUGCAGCUCACUCUGUCGGAGUCUGAUUUUAUAAGCAAUCAAAAUGCUGUUGGCGCUCCGUAUUUCGGUACGAAAGGUGGACUGUUGCCAGAAAAUAUGUUUGAUGCGGUAUUAACAAGACUUCCGUGCACAUCUGCACUCUUUUUAAUUAGCAAUCUGAACUAUUUAUCAGGAAUGAUUAGUUCGACGGAUUUUUUUGCUAGUGUUAUCGAUCAGGUGAAAAUCGAUAAUUUGGCUGCAAGCAUCGCUAAAAAGCCGAAAGAACUGGAAGAUCCAAUGCAAACAUUGGUAAUGGCGCUAAAUAUUUAUCAAGAUCUGACGGAACAAGCUUUGGAAGACGCAGUCCUAAAGCUCGUAGAAAUGAAUGAAUUUAUCGAAUCGGAUGUGUUGAAUACCAAUUAUGUGGCGAGUAAGAAAGACGAAAUCGUUGGCGAUAAGCUCAUCAAAUGCUGUGCCAUCGUUGACAAAGCCGAAGCGCGUUUAAAAGAAUAUAAUGCCACUAUUGAAAAAUGUAAAGAUAUUUAUCGCGAUUCGAUUGUACCACAACUUGUAAAAAUCAACGACGGAAUUGAUGAUCUUACUUUGAAAUACGAUGAAGAAAAUCCAUACGUUGAAACGGCCAAAACAGAGAUAAGGGAGCUAUCCAUUUUGAUUGUAUCAGAAAUUCAAACGUUUAAAGAAAAAACUGAACAAGCCUUGAUCGGACUAGGUGAAUGCAUCGCCAACAAAGGACCUGAGUGUGAAAAAUUCAUGCACGGAAUUUACACAGAAUUCCAAACACUUUUGGGAUAAAUUGAAUUUACGACGCAGCUUAAAUUCACUUUGAAACGUAAUCACGUUAUGAGACGAUAAUAAUAUUCCAUAAAUUGAAAUUUAUGGCAAAAUACACAUUUUACCGAUUUUUUUUUUUUCUAGAAUAAAAAAAGAAUAAUUAUUGAAUUUGC